AUGUCCAGCGAUCCGUCAGACCUCUGGUCUCCUCCAGAGGGGACCCAAACUUACACAGAUACAUAUUCCAGAAAUUCCUAUACUUCUCGCUCAGACACACAGCGUUUUUCCUCCGACGGCGAGGAUUCUACCCGGCACAUGCGCCGUGUAGCAGUUUCUCCUUCUCCUUCUCAACAAAAUGAUGACGACGAUGUGGACGACGACGACGACGACGACGCGUACAGCGAUGACAACUCUUUAGACGAAGUCGACGCCACUCUCAGCAAUCUUGAUGAAGAACUUGAUGAUACCGAGCAAGCACUGACCGAAUGGUCCCAUGGCUACACAUCUCCUACUUUCUCCUCUGCCACAGGGACAUUCACAUAUACAGGAAGCUACACGGGAUCCCCUUCCUUUGUUUCUCUCCCAACCUUUUCCCCUCGCACACCUCCGCAGCAUGCUCUUGACCCUAGAGUUCGUCUCAGCAGAAUCACAGAAAGGACAGAAAAUUCCCGUCCCACCUCCGCGGCAUUUUCGACCGCAAACCGUACUGCUGUUCCGACCCCAGACAAUAUAAGAAGGUCUCUGCAUCUCGGGAGCAGCGCUCCUUCACAUUCACGUUCAUCCACCGACCCGAGCUCUGAUCGGACCCUGCCUCCCCCAGGACGUCUCAAUGAGCUCAGAGCCGUUUUUGAAUCUCAAAGUCCCUCCACGAGUCAUACGCGUGCGACAUCUACUCCAGGGUACCGUCCUGCUAGUCCCAUGUUUGGUACAGGAACCGGCCCUUCUCUCACUACGGGACAAACGUAUAGCUCGCGUCCUUCUUCUCCAUCCAAAUCAGCGGCAUCUUCGGGAUCUUACACUGGGAGCGAUGUCCGCUCGAGCCUCUUAUCCCCUCCCAACAGGCCGUUGACUUCCAGCGGAUUCAGAUCUAUGACCCCUGGUGCGACCACCCGAACAGGAACAGGCACUUUCACUGGUCCAACGCAAUCUACAUCCCCGAGCAUUUUUUCGAAUACCAACACUUGGAAUAACAAUACCAGCGCAGUCACGCCGAAUGCUACCUAUACCACCCCUACUUCCGAGACAAGAAGUUAUACUGAUACCACCAGGACGUAUACCGACACUGGAAGAACUUAUACCGAUACCGGCAGAACGUAUACCGACACUGGAGGGACCUACACCGGUACUGGAAGGACAUAUACGGAUACUGGAAGGACAUAUACCGAAACUGGAAGGACAUAUACUGACACCGAAACCGCUACUCGUACAUCUGUGACGCCGACAUCUGGUUUGCGCCGGCCUCAUACCUCCCCUCGAUCUCCUCUCGCAUCGGUUCGCAAUAUUGUAGCGCUAUGGAAGGAGCGCACGCCUGCUGCGGGUCGUGCUGAUGAAAAGUCGGCUCCUGGGUCUGUGUCCUCGGUCUCGCCUACUGGGGCAGGUGAUAAUGAUGGUGUUCGUCGGCGCCUGGGUAAGGCGAGCGCCUUGUUAAGAGAGUCGAGGGCGACCAGCAACCCUCCUGUCACUCCAGCAAGACCUGCAUCGGAAGAUGCGGGUGAUAACAUGAGUGUUCGCAGUGGACGAAGUGGAGUAUUCCCUCCUGGAUUUGAUAUGACUGAACUUAGUAACUAUGCACAAAGCAAGGAACCGCCAAUUCAUAUCGGUCUCCUUUGGUACCUCAAUGUACAUGCGUCGCCUCCAUAUCGCUGGCAGAGAUGCCAGGCUCUUUUGUACCCUCACAUGCUUCUCCUUUCUUGGCUCGCGCCAGGUGGAGGUCGCGGUAUAGUCGCUCUUGAUCUUUUGAACUGCACCAGUGUGCAAUCGGCUCCGUCACCUACUCAUCCUAGCGCUCGCGACGACGUUGGCACGAUGGCCGCAAGGCAACAGAGUGGAGAACCUGCGUCGUUGCCUCUAAUGGAUAUGCUUGUGCCUUUCCAUAUGAUGUAUGCCGACGGAGUUGAGAGGUUAGCUGCUGAGAGCCUCCUUGAAAGGCAAAAAUGGGUUAAUAGGCUCUGGGAAACUGUCAACAGGCCAAUUGCAGCUGUCCCAGAUUCAGUGUCUGUGACCCGCUCUCCGACAGGCUCCAUCCGCACCAUUAUGUCAGUGAACAGCAGCAGCAGCAGCGCCAGUGCCACGAGCAAUGGCUCGCGAUCGACGUUCUUUGUUCCUCCUUUGAGCUCUCUUCCAGACAUUUCAGAUUUCCAAUCCCAAACGUCUGGAUUGUCAAGGCACUCGUCCAUCGUUUCGUCUCAUCAUACUCGCACCGUCGAUGACACUGUCAUACGUAAUCAAGAGUAUGUUUACCCCGGCGACCCUCGAGUUAUCACUCCAACAAGAGGAAAUUCGUUGAGGCGAAGCAGUUCAUUAGCUGAUUUGGAUGAAGAGUUCAAGUCAGCCCUCGAUCGCGCACGAGGACCCGGUGGGCUGUUUGGCUUUGGAGGCUCUCCUGUUACAAUCUCCAGCGGCUCAUCGCUGGGCAAAAAUGUUUUCGUGACACCACCUCCUACUGUCACCAGGACCAGCGAUCGUUCGCGCUCCGACACGGACGAAAACUUCUUCAGUGCUGGAUCGUCUGAUGGAGGACGAUCUGGUAUUUCGUCCACUUACUACUCCCACACGUCGUUGACACGCACACCGCAAACGACUACGGUAACAGGCAUGAGCGCAGUUUCGCCCAGCCAGCUUAUGUCCUCGACGAUGACGUCCUCUUUCCGAUUGAGCGAUUCAGGUUCGUACAGGAGCGGCGACUCUGAUGAUAUUUCUUUUGCGGACUCCCCAUCGACUUUGUCGCGCGCGAGAGGCAUUAGGAGGAGAGCCGCGGGCACAGCAACAUCCAGGUCAUACACGUCUGGAUACCAGACAGACGCGUCGCAGUCGCAGUCAGAUAAGGAAAAUGACAGCGGCUUGGAGAGUGCGAGUGUUGUGAGUGGAAGUGUAAGCGGCAGCGGUUCUCGAUCUAGGACGCCGAGUGGGACUUACACCCCUCGGAGUGUCGGAUCGUCGCUUAGCGGAAGUUACAGUGCCGGAAGCUACCUGGACAGCCGCAGCCGCACGCCGACGGGCAGCUACACAGGCAGCGAGCGCUCGAGGAGCGAAAUUUAUUCUGGCAGCGGCAGUUAUUCGGGAAGUGGAAGUUACACUCCUGGAAGUGGUGGAUAUACUCCUGGAAGUGGCAGUGGGACGUAUACUCUCCAAGAUGGGCUUAGUAUGGACAGUCCUUCGAGCGGUGAUUAUGGGGUGCCGGAGUUUGGACAUCACACGCCAAUCUCGUCGAGCGAGACUGGCUACGAUGUUUGUCCUUCUUCUGACCUGUCUGAUUUGACGAGGAGGACUAUCACGGAGACUAUCACUGAGACACCUCUGUCGUAUGGAUCGGACACACUCUCGGAAGUCGCCUCAGAGAAGUUUGUCACAGCGUCGCAAGGGAGCACAGAAUAUGGUACUGCUCUUGUACCUCCUCAGUCAUCCAGAGCCUCUAUUACUUCUUUCGAGUCGUUGCUCACUAUUCCUGGGUCGGAGACAGAAUAUCUUAGCGCUGACUCGGAGUCGACAGAAUAUAAGACGGCUUCUGAGCCAGGCAUCGAAACAGAGUACGCGACAGCCUCUGAACCAGAGGUGUCAGAGCGUUCUGUCGAAUCAGUUUAUGUUACUGCGUAUCCUUACGAAAGUGACGUAGAAAGUAUAGCGGAGAUCAUUCCAUCGACGACCAGUUCUCCACUUUCGUCACUUCGCCUGCUUUCAUCUGAGCCAAGAGAGGAUCGCAGUGUGGUAGACAUUUCGUCCGACUUGCCGUCGAUCAGAUCGCCUACACCUUCGACUAGGUCGCCUACACCCACACCACUCGCAAGGUCCCCUUCAGUUCAGACACAAUCUUCGUUGUCUGAACUUCUGCCUGAAGAGAUCCCUCUGCCGCCCGAUGGACCGCCCACGGAAUCUCCUGCAACUGUUACGCCUUCGCUCCUGUCUGAGUUGCACCCCGAAGAGAUACCUCUCCCUCCGGACACGCUGUCAAUCUCGUCGCCAUCAGUACUUUCAGAGCUGACCCCUGAAGAAAUUCCUCUCCCACCGGAUGCACCUUCGGUUUUUUCGCCAUCGGUGCUCUCAGAGUUGACUCCUGAGGAAAUUCCUUUGCCCCAGUCCGUACCCUCUACGGUUUAUCCACCUACGCCCCGCGAUCUGCCGCCGCUCCCUGUUGAGGUUGAACGUACUCCAUCACCUCCUCUUCCGCCUCUUCCUACAUCAUUAACCCCGACCACAGUUUCACUCUCAGCGUCGCCGACACCACUUAUUGAUAGCUCUGUGUCUCAGCCUGACAUACCUACUCCGACGUCAUUCCAGUUGCCACCACUGAGUGAAUCCACAAGGCCUGAGGAACAAAGUGAGGAAGAUGCCUUGGAGGAAGAGUCUGUUAGCUUGAGCUUGUUGUCGUCGCUUCCUCCGUCGACUUUGGGCUCGACAUCUGUCAUGACUCCGACUUCGAUUGCGCUGGUCUCACCAUCCACCGCCUCACCUAUCCCGCCAUCAACACCGCUCGUUAUACCGCCAACCCCUGCCAGGAGUCCGUCAAUAACCCAGUCGACGAUAUCGAGCUCAGGAGGGUUGUCAUCAUUUACUCAAACGUCAUCGUCGUUAAUGCCUCCUAGCCCUCUACCUUGGGCAACUGCGACGGACGUCUCGUACGAGUCAUCAAUUCUGGCCCCAUCGCCAUCCAUCCGCUCUUUGGCAUUGAACGAUGAACCUGAUUUGUCGUUUGAGACGUCUAUUUUCAGGCCAAGUGGGUAUUCUUCGUCGAGUGAUCGUAUGAGUACUAUUCCACCUUCUGUGUUUGCGCCAACGACGGCUCCUCAUUCGCCUUUGCCUCCUUUGACUCCGGUUCCGGCUCUACCACCCUCAAUUUCGUCUGGGACUGAUGCGCUCACGCCAUCGAGCCUCAUGUUCAGCUCCGAAUCGUCGAGUAGCUUAGGGCGUACUUCGUCGAUUUUGUCGUCGAUUUCGUACGACUCUCAGUCUUCUCUGAGCUCCUCGAUAUUCGAUUCUCGUUCUGAAAUUGAGGAGCCCGAGUUUGAGCAACCAGAACCUGAGAUUGAGCCUGCGCCUGAGCCAGUGCCAGAGAUCGAGUCAGACUCUGAACCGGAAUCUGAACCUGUGCCAGAGCCGAUACCUGAACAGGUGCCAGCGCCAGCUUCGGAACCAUCGACAGUUCCUUCUCUGCUCAGCACACCUAGGCCAUCUUCGCCUUCGUUGCCUUCUUCGCAUAUCAGUUCCAUGCCUACUCCGGAAGGCUCUUUGAUUGUCAGCUUUACAACACCUCAUGGUAGUGGAGAUACAGAACAGUCGAGUCUUCGAACCGUACCCACCAUAUCGACUGCGACGGAACGCGACCUUUCUCGUGACAUUGACCGACUUGCUGACGAGCUUCGUACUUAUGAUCAUGCAAGAGGCUUGGAGAACCAAGACAUCGCAGAUAAUGUUAGGGCACUAAGGGAUGAAUUGCGCGAUUUAGCCGACUUUCUUCAGAGGCCACAAACCCCUCGAACACCUCCUGCUCCAGUUAUCGUGCAAGCACCGGCACCAUAUGUUGUUGUGGGCCCCCCUCCCCCUGUACCUGCGACGCCAACUUACUUGGAGCCUCCCGCACAGGAGACCCCUCGUCGAGGUGUCCAGCUUAUGGAUCGGCCUGUGGGUGGUAGCAGCGUUAUAUCCUCGCUGCAUCUGAGUGGUCCACGAAUUGUCGAGAUAACUGAUGCUAUUCCUCGAGAUCAGGGUCUUCUCAGUCGUUCAGCCAGCAAUGCAAGCAGCAUGGUGUCAUAUUUGUCCUCUCACCAUUCUGAUGAUUAUAUCUUUGAGGAGGAGCCUGAAAUGACAUCCAUUGCCUCUCCCGCUGAUGCCUGGAGGCAAAUGUCCACCACUGAUGAAACUUCGUCGUCCAGUCCAGGCGAGGAAGAGACUGAUUCUUUGGUUUCUUCCAGCCCGUUGAGCAUUUCUGAUGACGAUACGGAGAUACCUCCAGAACUUCCCCCGCAGCCCGAACAGCCUAACCUUCUUGAACAAUCACUUCGAGCCAUUCAAGACCAGCUUCGGGCUCUUGAAAAUGGUCAAGUGUCCACCAAAGAUAUCCUCGAUGAAUUGCGACAGCGUGAGCUGCCACCUGCGCCUGAAGAUCACACAGCAGAGCUGGCAAAUCGUCUCAACAGAAUUGAGGAUCUUGUUCGUAGCCUUGCAGAGCAGGGUCACCCCAAGGGCCCCGAAAUUCAGACCAUUUACCUUCCUGCUCCUACAGUUCCGUCUGCUCCCACCACCACCAAUAGGGAUUCAACUAUCUCAGACUCGUCGGAUUCGAUAGAUCGUCUUCGCGACAUUCUGAAUGGAUUGGCUGAUCACCCCGAAGAGCAUACGCAUAUGCCUGUACCGCAGCCUCCUCCAGGACCAUCAAUCGCUGAAGAGAUUGAAAGGAUUUUGUCCGCUCGAAAUUUGACCCCCACAGCUCCUCCUGAACCCCCAAGAUUUGAUGGCAUCCAUUAUCAACCUGCAGAGCGUGUUCGGCCCAGGAGCAUAAGUCCCGUGUCAAUAGAGACAUUACAGCCACGCGCGCCUUCUGUUCCUGUUGGUGGUCGGUAUAAUGCUUGGCCACCAUUACGACCACCUCCAUGGAUACCUCGAUUCGAUAGAAGCCGGGGGCCUCCAUCUGAAACCGAGUCGUCGAGUCAUCUUACUUCGCCUCCUCCUCGCCAUCACCCGCUCUCAACUGCUCCGACAACUACACCUGCGCCAAUGCCACCAUCACAGCCUCAGACGAACACUCAAACAGAGACUGUUCCAACAACGACAAGGCCAAUUAGCAAACUACCCCCUCCUCGACCGGUUUUCCCGGAGAACAAUAUGUAUAAUGAUCGGUCUCCCUCUGCACCAAGUGCUUUGGGAGGUGGCCCUCCACGACCCCCGGGUACUAGCUGGUAUCGUCAAAAGCCAGACGACAAAAGAAGGACCGAAGGAAAUGUCCCGAGUUCUUCUCAGUCUCAGCAACCGCAACAGCCUACAGCAGCUCCUUCAGCGCCUCAACCUGCCCCGCAGCCGAUCUACAUACCGGUGCCACAAGCUCCAAGUGGACCUGUCCCCGUUCAAUUACCACCAAUCUUUGAUUCAUUGAUGGAAAUUCUAAGAGAAAAUCGAUUGGCCCAGCUUGCGACUGUUGACCAACAGCGUGAACUGAUGAGAUAUAUGAGGGGUCUAAAUGAAUGGCUUGAAAAGGACGUGUAUGAUCGCCAGUCUGAAAUUCGCGGAGUUCUUGCUCGAGUUGAACAGCUCAGUCAUGAUCUUCGUGGACUACAAAUGCAGGGGCAAAGAACGCCGAGCAGUUCAAGUAGCUCAUCAGAUGAAGGACCUGGGCGUUAUGGGUAUCCUCCUGGACCUGGAUCUCGUAUCCCAAUGCCUGAACCGGAACAUCAGCGACCAUAUGGGUUUGUACCCUAUACUGCCCACACCGGCCCUGUAAUCCCAAAUGUUGUUCCUACCACGCCUGUGCCACCUUUCAGACCUGUUAUGCCAGACAUGCAUCCACAUGGGUCAUUCCCCCAACCUCAACCUACGGUAAUCAUUAAUCCAGGCGCUAUGGGCGGAGGGGCCCCGCCUCGUAUUCCUACUGAUGGCUAUGCUCGUACACCUGGCCCAAUGCCCAUGCCUCCACCUCCUCCCCAAGAAGACAUUGAAUUCAUCCCUCCCCCAUUCACCAGUCAAAGUACUGGUUCUCCUCGAACCCAUGAACCUCCACUUCCAGUUCAAGUACAACCAUUCCCUUCAGGCUUAGGCUCGAAUGUCAUUCAUGUCCCUCCUAGUCCUUCGAGCUCAAGAACUGAUAGCACAGAACGUUCGGGUAGAUCAAGGAGACGGUGGUCCUCGCGAAGCCCGAGGAGGUCAUCACGGGGGCGAAGACACGACAGUCGCGAUACAAGAAGAACGCGAUACGAUGAUAGUCCACCUAGGCGAUCCAGAACUCCAACUGGUCGAGGUCGAUCCCAUCGGUCAAGUAGUGGUCACAGACAGUCAAUACCAUUAAUCAUCACGAAUCCCUCGACGGAAGGAGUACCAGCUGUUGUACAAGACCCAAGACAUGGGUUUCAAGGUGUCUCUCCAUCGCAGCAGGGUGCGCCGCCCAUACAGAUGGAGCCAUCGCAGCAGGGUAUGCCGCCCAUACAAAUGCAACCCUCUCAGCAAGGAACCGCGUACCCUCAGGCGCCUACCUUCAAUAUUAUAUCACCGUCAUCUCGCGGCCGCUCAAGGUCACGAUCUAGAAGGCAUUCCUCUAGAAGUCCAUCUAGGAGACGGUCAUCAGAAAGUCGCAGACCCCAUUCCCGCGAGAGGUAUGAUGAUCACCGGCGCACUCCUCCACAACAACAGCAGCAGCCCACUAUCAUCGUUCAACAACCUGGUCCAUCCCCUCAGCAGCUUCAACAGCCUGCUCAGCCCAUUAUCAUACAAACUUCUCCGAGUCAUGGAUCACAUCCAGAUGACCUUCGUCCUGUGACACCUAUAGGUUCUGGGAUGCCUGGUAUGCCAAUGACUGGUAUUCCAAUGACUGGUAGUAUGCCCGGUAUGCCAAUGCCUGGUGUGCCCAUGACAGGGAUGCCUGGUGUACCCAUGACGGGAAUGCCUGGUGUACCCAUGACGGGAAUGCCUGGUGCACCCAUGAUGGGAAUGCCAAUGGCGGGUCAACCGACUGUGAUCAUGCAGCAACCCAGUCGUUCGUCCUCGAGAUCUAGGAGUAGAAGCAGCAGUCGUCGUCGCCAUCGCCGAUCCCCAGUCCCAGCGGUAGCGCCUGUCGCUCCAGCACCAGCAGCAGCACCAGUGAUUAUCACAGGUUCACAUCGCUCUCGUUCUAGAUCCAGGUCUCGUAGUCGUCGACAUACACCCCCUCAGGCCCCUGUUCAAAUGCCUCCAGCAGGUGUUACCAUUUUACCAUCUCAGGCCCCACCUUUUGGUGUUGUUCCGCAAGGUAUCGUUCCUGGUAUGCCUGGUGGUGGUGGGGUCGUCAUGAUGCCUAGCAGAAGUCGAAGCAGCAGCCGUCAUCGCAGUCAUGGUCGACACACUCCUCCUCAAGUCGUAGUAGCACAACCACCAGCUGCUCCAACAAUGUACCCCCCUCCUCCCACAGCGCCAACUCAGCAACCAAUGCCUCAAGUCAUAAUGCCUGGCUCUAUGGGAAUGCCGAUGGGUCCACCAGUCAUUAUGCCUACAAGAGGGUCUUCUCGGUCCCGCUCCCGCUCACCAACAAGGCAACAAGCACCAAUAAUUAUUCCAGGUCAACCUUCCCAACGAUAUCGCUCUCGCUCUCGUUCUCGUUCUCGCCGCAGGCACAGUCGAUCUCCUUCUCCUCGUCGCCGCCAUCAUAGUAGAUCUCCUUCUCCCCGUCGCCAUCGCUCGCGUUCUCCUCCUCGCACUCAGUAUGUUCCAACUGCCAUUCCAGGGAUGCCUACUGCUCCUCCCGUCAUGCUGCCGCCAAGCCGAUAUCCAACACACGAUCACGAGUUCCUUCGCGUUCGCCUCCUCGUCGUUAUAGUCCAACGCACCGUCAUUAUCGCAGUCGCUCACCAGAUGACUGGCACCGCCGCCGAUACUCUCCUAUCAGGCGUCCUGCCUACUCGCCACCUGAUCGUCGUCGAUCCCCGUCUCAUGGUUAUCGUCGGUAUUCUAGGUCUCCCUCUUACUCAGAACGCGGUGGAUAUCAUCGCACAAGGCCUCGAUAUUCUUCUGAGCAUGAUCGACGUCGCUCAUUUUCCCCAGCCAGUCGCCGUGGGGGUCACCAAGCAUCAAGACACCCAAGGUCUACUAGAAGCCUAUCGCCUCCAUCAAUACGAAGCCCUUCGCCAGUGCAUCGAACUCACAGAACAGGUUCUCGGGGUCGAUCUCCCAUCAGUCGAACUCGUUCCCGAACUCCAAUUCCCAUUCAACGCAGCUUUAGCGCUGGUUCUUCCAUCCGUCGCCACCCAGUGGGUCCAUCGGCGUCCCGUCGUGACCGUGAUACAUCAAGGCGUUCGCCAUCUCGUAGCAUUCGCCAUGCUGUCACAGGACGUCGAAGGAGCCCUCCACGAACUCGUUCUCCCAGUGAAUACACCCGUCGGAGCAGUACACCACGCAUAUAUGUCACAAGUGUUCCACCAAGGCGUGGAUCGCCCGAAAGCCAAGGGACUGCCUGGUAUUGGAUCGUCAAGGCCUGUUCAUAGGACGCCCACUAUUUUCAGUAUCGAUGAUGCGCCUCGUCGCACACCAAGUCAACGACGACCAUCUGGUGAAUCCUAUGCUGGUUUGCAACCUUCUAUCUACGGAGACCCGGUUCCCCCUCGUGUUCCAAGUGAAGACCCCAGAGUUCCGCCUGCAACCUCCCACGCAGAACCGACUAAUCUUGCAGAUAGACCGGUCAGCCCUAUCCAUGGCGUAUCCGAACAUGAUAUCCCCUCGAGUGUCCGCCCUUCAACUGGGGCGCCAGGAACUUCUCAUGUCGGUACUGGCCCUGCGCAAACACCUUCCAGUAUAGCACAACCUCUGCCUCCUCCUUCCCAGCAUGUUCCUAUCGGAGCAGGCGAGCGUCCCGCCAUUGUUCAACCUCCUCCACGCCAAGCAACUGCUACGCCAUUUAAUUUCCAAGUCGCGGAAGAAAGUAGAGGUCAACUUCAAGAGCUUAAUGACGCUGCCAAUAGGCUGCAUUUGACUGCCGCUGCUGCUCAGGAAGCUGAAGACCAGAGAGAGCUUGAAUUCCUCAAUCAAGAGGAGCAGCGCGAAAGGAUUUUCAGAGAGAAUGAGGAAAGAAGGGCACAGGAGGCGAGAGAAAGGGCGGCAGAUAUAUUACACGAUUUGGAGUCUCGAGUAGCAGCUCUUCCUGCACCACCCAAGGCAGGAGACGAGCCUUUCGUAGGCGAACCUGGAGAACCUGGAGAACUUCCUGCUAGUGAUCGAGAAUCAAUUCGUACUAUCAGUGCCAUUGCAACACAGGCUGCAAGCCAACAUGCUGCUGAUGUCUUGGAAACAGUACGACUAGAGCGAGAAGAGGCUGCCAAAGAACGUGAAGAGGCUGCACGAGAGCGCGAACUGUUACUCUCUGAACUUCGGGCGGAAAAAGACCGAGUUAUCGAAGAGAAGGAUGCACGUAUUCGCGCCCUUGAAGAAGAGCUUAGGCAAAUGCGAACCGACUUUGAAAGCGAAAAGCAGCAGCAGAGGAUAACAGAGGAAGAGGAAGCCGGAGCUCGAGACCGCCAAUUCGCGGAACGGGAUGAAUUCGUGAGAGCCCAAUUGGGCGAUAUUACUAAUCUGGUACAGGAGCAACGAGACCUGUUAGAAUCUAAGAAGCAGAUGGCUGAAGAGCGCCAAAGAGAAAAGGAGCAACGACGGGCAGAGAAAGAAGCGAACAACAUCGAACUGCGUGAUAUGCUCCAGACAAUCAUCGUAGAGAUGCAGAAAGACAAGGCUCGUUAUGAGGAUGAUAAGGCCAAAUCUGAUGCAGCUAUGGAACAAAUGAUUGCAGAUCUGCAAAGGCAGAAUGCUGAGCAACGGGAAUUAUUAACGUCUUUGUCUGAGAGCUGGCGAGCAGAUUGCGAGAGGCAUCAUGAAGAGACUAUUGAUGCUGUUAGGUCGACAGCCAACGAACAAAUUCCUUUCAAUGUCCAAGGCUAUCUCGAUGAAUUUAGCAGAGCCCUAGCUACUGAAGUUCGCAUGCUACUUGGAGAAGUUGGGAAAAUCCGAGAGGAGAGACGGGCCCUUCAACACGAAAUCGGUGACCUCCUGUGUAUGAAAUCUAAGUAUGGCCCAGGGGGUGAAUACGAACCUGAUUGGAAACCACCUGGUCCUCCUCCUCCACCACCUGCCGAUAUACCACCACCGAUGCCUGAGAUUCUUGAAAUGCCACCACCGGUCAAACCUGCCUGGCGCACGGUGCACCCCCGGCCCAAGAAAAAGAAGAAAGCAGAGCCUGCCCCACCCGCUCCACCACCCGUACCUUCCAUGUCGGCAGACCCAAGGAGGCAGCUGGUUACUGGAUCUUGGGCAACGUGGCAUCCUGACCGUAAUGCCCUUACUCCUCCGUCCAUCGAACCUACACUGAUGGUACCAGGACGAGAAAGCCCUGGAUUAUUCGGACCACGUACCCCAUCGAAUGGGUCGAUGUAUGACCAACGCCGGUGA